AAGACCCCUAAAUUGCCACUCUCUUUGCACAAACCACAUGAACAAUAAGAACUACUUCUUAUUCUUCUUCUUCAUAGCUUUUUUUAUUAUGGGCUCAGAGGGGGGUUGGACAAAGAAGCAGAACAAGCUGUUCGAGAAUGGUUUGGCGAUCUACGACAAGGAGACACCGGAUCGUUGGGAGAACUUGGCUAGGUAUGUUGGGGACAAAUCCGUGGAGGAAAUCAAGAAGCAUUAUGACUUGCUUGUUGAAGAUGUGAACCUUAUUGAGGCUGGCAAAAUCCCCUUGCCAAAUUACAUAUCAACUUCUGCUGGAGUCACCACCAAGAAAGCUCACAACUACAUUGCUGAGGAACAAAGGAUGAAGGAUCUGAGGCUGCAAUGAAGGAUGAAAACAGAAUCCAUAUAUAGGAAGAAGAAUAAUAAUUAUCCUUCAAUUUCAAAUUAAAAAGUUGUCCAUCCAUCUCCUUUCAAUUUUGAUUCAAAAGCCAAUGUUGCAUUGAGAAAUAUAUAAAUGUUGGAGAU